AUGAACGGCGGUGGUGGUAACUUCCCGCCACCGCAACCCAACGGCGGUGAUUUCCUUCUCUCUCUUCUUCAAAAACCCCGCCCUCAGACUCAGACUCACCCAUCCCAAUCUCCAAUCACCAUACCUCAACAAUCUCCCACCAUGGAUCCCGCCGUCGCCAUGAUGGGCCCCACAAUCCCCUUCUCCACAUCUCCGUAUCAAACCAACGGUUACGAUAAUUUCAACCAUUUCAACCAUCUCAAUCAUCACCCUCAUCAGAAUCAGAAUCAGAAUCUUCCACCAUGGUCCCACACACCUUCUCCUCCUUACCCGCAAAACACAUUCGGGGUGCCCCAUAACCCGUUUUCACUUCCUCCGGUACCAGAAACCGGUUAUUCCAACAACACUACUCCGUUUCACUUCACCAACGGUGUUUCACUCGCUGACAAUCUUAGAAGAUUAGGGUUUCCGAUUGAGAGCAAUAACAAUAACUGUGCUAAUUCUUUCGUUCAGCAACAUCAACAGAAACAGGAAGUGAAGUUACAGUUUGGAUCUUUACCCACGGUUUCUUAUAAUACUACACCUGAAGUUUCCUCUAAGGGAAGCUUUAACGGGUUUGAUAGGCAUAAUAAUCAUGAGAGAGGGGUUAUUGGGGAUUUUAGGUCAAAUGCGCAAUCUACUGAACAAACUAGGGCUCCACCCGGGGUUGGGAACAAUGGAAAUAGAUUAGGGUUUGGUGAAUUGGGUGGUACGAAUGAGGAUUUGUCAAGUAACCUGGAAAUUUUGAGAAUAGGGUUUGGUGAAAGGAGCAAUAAUAAAGGCAAUGUGGGUCAUGAAUUGAGGCUGCCUGAUCAGAUUGACCACCCUGGUCCACCCUCUGGGAGUAAUCUUCUUUCUGAUUAUGAGGAUAUUGGUGCUGUUGGAGAACAAUUAGCUGGUUCCUUGUUGCUUGAGGAUGAGGUUGAUGACAAGAGUAGUAACUCUAAGAAACAUCAUGGUCCUAAGGAGAAGGAUGCUAGAGCUUCAGACUCAAGAGGAAAGCAGUUGCUAAGCCAGCGGGCAAGAACGUUUAAAAGACAAAUGAUAUUCCGUAGGGACAUUGAUAGGCUUAGUGUUCCUUUCCUUGCAAUAUAUGAAUCUCUAAUACCUCCCGAAGAAGAAAAAUUGAAGCAGAAGCAAUUGUUGGGGUUACUAGAAAAGUUAGUUUGCAAGGAGUGGCCAAUGGCUCGGCUUUAUCUCUAUGGAUCAUGUGCUAAUUCAUUUGGUGUUUCUAAAAGCGACAUUGAUGUUUGCCUUGCUAUUCAGGAAGUUGAUAUGGACAAAUCUAAGAUCAUAAUGAAAUUGGCUGGUAUUUUGCAAUCAGAUAACCUGCAGAAUGUUCAGGCAUUGACACGAGCAAGAGUUCCUAUAGUAAAGCUCAUGGAUCCAGUUACAGGAAUCUCUUGUGAUAUAUGCAUCAACAACCUCCUUGCUGUUGUAAAUACUAAGCUUCUCCGGGAUUAUGCAAAUAUUGAUACUAGGCUACGGCAGCUGGCUUUUAUCAUUAAACACUGGGCAAAGUCAAGAGGAGUCAAUGAAACUUACCAUGGGACCUUAUCUAGCUAUGCGUAUGUGUUGAUGUGCAUUCAUUUUUUACAACAGCGACGACCUGCUAUCCUUCCAUGUUUACAGGGGAUGGAUGCAACAUACUCAGUUACCGUUGACAAUGUGGAUUGUGCGUUCUUUGACCAAGUUGAAAAACUAGGUCAUUUUGGACAACAUAACAAGGAAUCCAUUGCUCAUCUUGUGUGGGGAUUUUUCUUUUAUUGGGCAUAUUGUCAUGACUAUGCAAAUUCUGUUAUAUCUGUCCGCACAGGAAACACAAUCAGCAAGCGAGAUAAGGAUUGGACAAGAAGGGUUGGUAAUGAUCGGCAUUUGAUAUGUAUAGAGGAUCCUUUUGAAAUAUCUCAUGAUCUGGGUCGAGUGGUUGAUAAACGCAGCAUCAAAGUUCUCAGAGAAGAGUUUGAACGUGCUGCAGAUAUUAUGCAGUAUGAUCCAAAUCCAUGUGUUAAACUUUUUGAACCUUAUGUUCGUAGCAGUUGA